AUGCUUGUUAUUGGACUCACUGGGGGCAUCGCCUCUGGCAAAUCAACAGUGUCCAAGAGACUGCAUGACGAGUAUAAUAUUACCAUAAUAGACGCCGACAAGAUUGCAAGGGAAAUUGUGCAGCCGGGGCUUCCUGCGUACAACAAGAUAGUCAAAUACUUUGGAAACAAAGUGAACAACCUGGUUCUGCCCGAUCGCAGCCUGAACAGACCCGCCCUGGGAGCGUACGUGUUUCAGAACAAGGACGAAUUGAAGGUGUUGAAUAAGAUCACCCAUGGCCAAGUCCGCAAAGAGAUGAUAUGGCUACUGUUCCGCAGCUGGUUCCGUAUGGAGGCGAUGGUUGUUUUGGACGUGCCGCUUCUUUUCGAAGCUGGUCUGGACCUGAUCUGCGGGACCACGCUGUGCGUGUUUUGUGACCCCAAGUUGCAGCUCGAACGGCUGAUGAGCCGUAACCCGGAGCUUAGCCGCACGGAGUGUGAAAAACGAAUUGCCAACCAAAUGCCAACAGAGGAAAAGAUCGCUCGGUCUGAUUAUUCGCUUUCGAAUGACUCCACGGUGGAGGCACUUUACGAAGAAAUAUCUCAGGUGAUUUCCAGGGUCCGUCCAACAAAACUUACGACUAUUCUACAGUACUUCCCGCCAAUUGGAGCUCUUUUUGCGCUAAAAAUUGUUGUGCAACGUUGGUGGGAGCAGAGAUCCAAUAGCAGCACAUCAAAGGACAAACAAAGCUGA